ACUAAAGCACAAGCAGCCUGACUGAUUUAUUAACCAUUACUGUAAUCGAAAGUGGCACCAAAAACACACACUUGGGUUGCUGGGAGGAACAGAGAAGCACAAAGCGCCCACCCAUCUGACAGACUGGUGACAGAUGAAGGCUUUAUUAGCCUGCUGCUGCUGCUGCUGCUGCUGCUGGACUCAUAAAGACAGUAGCUGCUGAAGACAGACAGAGAGAGAGGACGGACAACAUGCAGGAGCUGCUGAUCUAAAUGAAGGCUCAUAGUGUAGUUGUUCCUGUAACACACAGUCAGUGUGAAGAAGAGGAUUUAGAUUUAGCCGGCGGCGGAGGAGGAGCAGACAUGUGCAUUUCCUGAACGCAAGCGCACAUCCAGCCAGCGAGGAGGAGGAGAUGUGUUGAGUGUUGGACGUCUAGAAGGUGUCGGUCACUGCUGUCGCUCAGCUGUCUCUCCUCCUGUGAGUGUGUGUGUGUGUGUGUGUGUGUGUGUGUGUGUGUGCAGGAGGAAGAGAGAGAGAGAGAGAGAAGUUUCCUCUGGUCGCCUAUCGUUCACUUUCACACGAUGGCACGCCUGUAUCCGCGUUGUGCAGCGCUGUGGCAGCCUCAAGAGAUCUGCUGAGAAAAACCCAAACCCCCCCCCCAAAAAAAAGUCUCACCAUCCAUCCAUCCAUCCAUGGCUGAAUUUGGAGAGAAGAAGACCGUCGGUAGCGCACCGGUUGCUGGCUGGAAAGCUGCGUCAGGAGGAGCCGCCGGAAUGAGCCUGGAGACGCACCGAGGAGAGCCGGUGUCAAACGGGAACUGCAGCGUGUCAGACACCGUGAAGAGGGUCCAAAACGAGCCCAGCUGCGAGUCACCGACGUGGGAUUCAGAUUCAGCCUCCAAACCAAUCCCUCGACGCAGCAGUCUGAUCAAGGAUGGGUCACGUGCCAGUCGGGAUCGGAAGAAGACGGUGUCCUUCAGCAGCAGCCUGUCAGAGAAGAAGAUCAGCAGUGCUGCAGACUGCAUCCACUCCAUGGUUGAGGGGAUUGAGUUGAAGAAAAUCCGAACCAACUCACGUGUUUACCAGCGUUACUACCUGCUGGAUGCAGGCCUCCAGGCUCUAUGCUGGGAGCCGUCCAAGAAGGAGUCAGACAAAGCCCGCAUCUCCCUGGCCUCCAUACGAGAGGUACGGACAGGUCGUAACACAGAAACCUUCCGCACCAGCGGCGUUUAUGAGCAGAUUUCAGAGGACUGUGCGUUCUCCAUCGUAUAUGGAGAGAUGUAUGAAAGCUUGGACCUGGUGGCAAACUCUGCUGAAGUGGCUAACAUUUGGGUGACUGGCCUGAGGUAUCUGAUGCAGUAUGGGAAACAUGCCCUGGACAUGCUCGCCAGCAGUCAGGACAGCCUUCGUCUUGGCUGGCUGGAGCAGCUGUUCUCCUCUGCCGCCGAUUCGGACGGACAGGAAGACAUCGAUGAGGGGAUCCGCUUGUCGCUGGCCGUGAAGUUGAUACGGAGCGUGAACCCCGGGGUGGGCGGCGGCAAAGUGGAGCACAGGUUUAAAGAGCUUCAAAGAGUUAGGGAGAGGAUGUGUGGGCUUACUCUAGAUAAUGAAUCUGGAGUUAAAGAUCACGGCGAAAACAAACUACCACUAGGAAGAAAUGAUCGAGUCACCAGGCAGGAGUUCACCGAGGUCUUCCAUGACUUUUGCACACGUCCGGAGAUCUACUUUCUGUUGGUGCAGUUCUCCAGCAACAAGGAGUUCCUGGACACCAAGGACCUGAUGAGGUUCCUCGAGGCUGAGCAAGGCAUGGCUCAAGUGAGUGAGGAGACGAGCCUGAAGCUCAUCCAGUCCCAUGAGCCAUCAGAGGAGGGCCGGCAGCAGGGAUUUCUGUCACUGGAUGGCUUCACCAGCUACCUCACCUCAGCAGAGUGCCACCUCUUCGACAGGGAGCACGACACCGUGUGUCAGGACAUGUCCCAGCCUUUGUCUCACUACUACAUCAACUCCUCCCACAACACCUACCUCAUCGAGGACCAGUUUCGAGGUCCGUCCGACAUCUCCGGCUACAUCCGCGCUCUCAAGAUGGGCUGUCGAUGUGUGGAGGUUGACGUCUGGGACGGCCCCAAUGAGGAGCCGGUGGUGUGUACCGGGCACAGCCUCUCCCCACCGCUGGCCCUGGGUUGUGUGUUAGAAGCAAUUGGAAGGUUUGCGUUUGUGGCCUCGCAUUACCCAUUAAUUAUAUGCAUUGAGAACCACUGUUCACUUCAACAACAGAAAGUGAUGUGGCAACAUCUCAUGAGGAUACUCGGGGACAGGUUAUACACAGAUCCCCCAUACGAAGGGCAGUCAUACCUACCGUCGCCGCAUCUCCUGAGGCAUCGAAUCCUACUAAAGGGUAAAAAGUUGGGUCCAGGUCCUGAUGGGGAAGACGGGGAGGUAAGUGAAGAGGACGAAGGGGCAGAGAUGUGUCAGAGGCUGAAAGCAGCUAACAGUGGAGGGGCAGUGCCUGGAGGAAAUGAGAAGGAGAUGGUGCAGAAAAGUGUCUCUUUCACAGCUCAGUCUAGUCCUCUUCAUCUUCUUCCUAAGCGUUUCCAACUCUUUAAGGAGCUCUCUGACCUGGUAACUCUUUGCCGCUCAAUCCAGUUCAUUGACUUCCGAACAUCAUCCAAAUGCCAAAACCCCUGGGAACUGUGCUCCUUUCACGAGACUCUGGCCGUGCGUCUUGCUGGCGAGAGCCCUGGCGACUUUGUCAAUCACAACAAGCAUUUCCUGUCACGAGUGUACCCCAGCCCCAUGCGCAUUGACUCGAGCAACAUGAACCCUCAGGACCUGUGGAAGUGCGGUUGCCAGAUUGUGUCUAUGAACUUUCAGACAGCAGGACUGAUGAUGGACCUGAACACAGCCUGGUUCCGGCAGAAUGGGAACUGUGGUUACAUUCUGCGGCCAGCCAUCAUGCGGCAGGAGGUGUCUUAUUUCAGUGCAGACACCAGAGACACGGUGCCUGGCGUGUCUCCACAGCUGCUCCAUGUGAAGGUGAUAAGCGGCCAGAACCUGCCCAAGCCGAAGGGUGCGGGGGCCAAAGGGGACGUGGUGGACCCCUACGUGUACGUUGAGAUCCACGGCAUCCCAGCCGACUGCACAGAGCGCCGCACCAGGACGGUGACACAGAAUGGGGACAACCCCGUCUUCGAUGAGAGCUUUGAGUUUCAGAUCAACCUGCCGGAGCUCGCCAUGGUUCGCUUUGUGGUGCUGGAUGACGACUUCAUAGGGGAUGAGUUCAUAGGUCAGUACGCCAUCCCCCUGGAGUGUCUUCAACCGGGCUACCGACAUGUACCACUCCAGUCUCUGACAGGAGAGGAACUUCCCCACGCCAAGCUGUUUGUCCAUGUGGCCCUCACCAAUCGGAGGGGAGGGGGAAAGCCUCACAAACGGGGACUGUCUGUGCGGAAGGCCCGCAAGGGGAGGGACUACACGGCUCUGAGGGACCUGGGGGUCCGGGCUGUGGACGAGGUCUUCAAGAUGGCUGCUCCUCCGCUGAGAGAAGCCACUGACCUGAGGGAAAAUAUGCAGAACUCAGUAGCAGUGUUCAGGGAGCUGUGUGGGGUGUCUGCGGUGGCCAACCUCAUGCAGUGCGUGCUAGCUCUGGGCUCCAGGGUGUCGGGACCAGACGGGGCGCCUUUACUACUGUUUGACCUCCGGGACCCUUACCCCACACUGGAGCCCCAGGGGCCCCUGCCUGACGUCCUUCGCCGGGUCGUCUCCACCUAUGAGCUGAUGGUCCAGGCGAGCAGAGCAGUGAUCGAGCUCUCCGAUGGAAUCUACGACAGGAUCCUACAUAUACAAGCAAUGGCCAUGGAGUUUCAUGAGAAGCUGCAGAGUCUGGCGGAGAGGGAGGGGCUGAGAGGUCGCAAGGUCAGUCGGGCGCUGGAGAGUUUCAGCUGGAACAUCACCAUCCUUAAGGGUCAGGCUGACCUGCUGCAGCACGCCAAAGCUGAAGUCCAGGAGAACAUGAAGCAGGUCCACGAUGCCGCUUUGACUGGAAACCUCACCAAGGAGAGUCAAGGAGUGAGGAGAGUCCGCUCCCAAACACGACGAGGCCAGGAUGACUAACCCACCGCGAGUCCUAGAGGACCCUCGGCAUAGCAAGCAAAUGAGAGAGGACAUGACCAAAUUGCCAUCGUAGCUGCUGUGACAAACCCUUUUCAUGUUAUUAAAAUUGUUCCAAGGUCUUACUGCGCCUUAGUGUCAGACUUUCACAAUGCUAUGGGAGAGCUGCGUUUUAAAAGAGAAGAGACAGAAGAGUUGUUGAAUGUAAAAGUCAAAAUGCCGUCCACCCACCUGUCGCAGAUAACAAUCGAGAGCCGCAGAAGUUAGAGUACUUUUGAGAGGACAAAUUGACACUGGGGAGACAAUUAUUGUUAGAUUUGAAGCCACGGUUGAGUUGUUUGUGCUGCAUUAUUGUAAAUACAAUAAAUGUCUAUCAACCUCUUCUUAUGUGUCUUGAAGAGGGAGGAAAAUUAGUCAUUUUUCUAGUUCAGUGUGAGAUGGCAGGUGUUCAAAAUGUUUUGAAAACUUUUUGAAAAACUGCCACCUCCACACGUUACCAUCUAGCCAUAUUAAGCAAAAGAAAAUUGGGUGUGGGUAUGUUUAAAUGGAACACACUUUAUUGAUUAUAUAAAUUGGAGAUAAGUGGAUGUUUUUAGGUAUUUUGACAUGAUAUCUCUUGGACCAGUGCAGCCCCUUUAUCUCAUUCUCCAACGUAUUUCCAUUAAGCACUUGUAGGUCCUGGAUUGCUGCUCUUCAUCCAAUCACCUUGAGGUCCUUUGUCUUGCCACGAAAUCCUACACUUCACCCUCUAAAUAUUGUUGUCUCACAUACAGUAUUCUAUAUUUUUGUAUUUUCCUGAAGCCCUUGUGCUAAUUAAACCACCCACCAUCACGAUCAACUCCAGACCUGUACAUGCCUCUAGGGAACAAAUACUGUUAUGUUGAAAGUGCUUACUUUGUGUGCAAAACACUGUACAGUAUUUUACUAUGUAAUUUCAAUCCUUUUGCUGUAAAGAAUAUUUUACAUAAGUUAUUGAUCCUGAAUGAAAACAUUCCAGUUAUCGAUGCAGUAUAGAUGAGGCUCGACCUGUUCAGCUCCGUAAAAGGUUGCAGUUCACGAUUACCUUCCUUCACAGUCGGGAUGGAAAUAAACUAGUUUUUAAAUGAC